AUGGUUACCGAGAUCAAUCGCUAUGCAAAUGCUGAAAUAGCCAAACAACGUCCUUUGCUCAGGGAAUCCCGUCUGUGGGCUUGGAAAGACACUGACGCAGCUGAGAUGAAAAAGUUCUUAGGUCUCCUGAUUCACAUGGGGCCAAAUAAUCUCCCUACCCUGGAACAUUAUUGGACUAAUGACCCACUGUAUAACACAGAAGUUUAUGGAAAGUCAAUGGGCCGAAAUCGAUUUCAACUUCUUCUAAGGUUUUGGCACUUUUCUGACAACUCACAGAAUUCUGAAGAUCGUCUUAUCAAGAUCCGCCCGUUACUUGAUUACUUUGAUAAAACCAUGAGAGAAGUCUACUAUCCCAAACGAGAUCUGUGCAUUGAUGAAUCAAUGGUAUUAUGGCGUGGGCGGCUUCUGUUUCGUCAGUAUAUCAAGAACAAGCGACACAAGUACGGUGUGAAGCUGUAUGAACUUUGCGAAUCCGAUGGCAUGGUUCUCAAGAUUCUGAUUUAUUCUGGGACUAACGUCGACGAUGACUUACACCUGGGUCAGUCAGCUGCCGUUGUCUUGCAUCUGAUGCCUGAUUUCUUGGACAAAGGCCACGUGCUGUACACUGACAACUAUUACAACUCGGUUGGCCUAACAAAAGCACUAACAGACAGGUCAACCUAUUUGUGCGGGACACUUCGCUUUGAUCGAAAAGAAAACCCGAAAGACGUCGUUCAGAAAAAGCUGGAAAAGGGAGAACACUGUUGGAAACGGUCCGGGCCGGUGGUGCUGUGCAAGUGGAGAGAUAAACGAGAUGUUCUAUCACCAAUAUGCACAACAUGGAGAUGGUGA